AUCUAGUGGCCAGAAGGAGAGGGAGGCCAAGGGGCCCAACAAGAGCAAGAGCGACUGCCGGUCAUUUUCCGGACUGUUCCUGCCGGGCUGCAGCCGCCCUGCCGCACCGGGAAAGGCCGGACGGGACGAGCGGGCCCCUCCGCCGCGGGGCGACGCCCAGCCAGUUGGCCACCCUCAGGUCAAACCUCCCGACGACUGCCAGGGUCGUGGGCGCGGACCGGGGUUCGACGGGCGCGCUGACUACGGUGGGCGCGGACCGGGGUUCGACGGGCCCGCUGACUACGGUGGGCGCGGACCGGGGUUCGACGGGCCCGCUGACUACGGUGGGUGCGGACCGGGGUUCGACGGGCCCGCUGACUACGGUGGGCGCGGACCGGGGUUCGCCGGGCCCGCUGACUACGGUAAGACGUACUGCUUGCCCUACGUUCCCAGUCAAGUUGUGCUGCUCUUCACACAUAUAAAAAUAACACCCAAACACAGUUAG